CAGCCGCAAAACGCGCACCACUUCAGCUAAAUCCAUUUUUUAAAGUUUAUCUUUUUUUUCAUCUCUUUAGGCAAAGAUCAAACACCAUACAGCCUAAUCAGUUCGAAAUUAAACUUUUUCGAUUAAAUAAAAUCGUGGUUAUUUUUUAAUGGAAACUCGCAAAGCGUAGAUAAAACAAUGCAUCGGAGUUGACUACACAGGUUGUAUGGUAUAGUUUAUAGUAAUUUUAUAGUCUAAACGGGUUUGGCAUAGGUCAGUGCCUCGCUAAGUGCAGUUUGUCGAGUAUCUACACAGAGGAUGCGCCAGGCUGUUGCAUUUUGAUCAAAAUGGAUCGGUUCACUAUAUUGAUUUGUAUACUAACAUGUAUUAUCCACUGCCAAGGAGAGGGAGAAACCGUUCUAUCAGCUGUACUAACACCAGACGAAAAACCUGUACUGCGUCAGGAAAGAAGCUACUACGAUCAAUAUGGCUAUGAUCGACCGUAUGCGAGGCUAGAUGAUAGGCCUUCAAGAUGCGGUCGAUGUGAUGAUGAUGAAGACGACGAUGAUGAUGAUUAUGACAGAGGACGGGGUAGAGAUGAUGAUAGACGUACAAACAGACCUACGUACGGCAGCAGGAAUGAUAGAAAUGAUAGGACCGAUAGAAAUAAGUACGACGAUGACGAUAACAGAAGAUACGAUGAUAGAAGUGAUAGAAACAACAGGAAUGGAACUGACGACCAUGAUGAUAAGAAACAUGAUGAUGACAAAGACAGCGAUAGACCGCACCGUAGGAGAAACAAGAACAGACAUCGAUAUGAUGAUCGAAACAGAUACAGGCCAGAUUAUUACGACCAGUUUCUAAGAGAUCCAUAUAGAGAUAGAUACGAUGAUCCUUAUAGAAGGCCUGCUUAUGAUCGGUAUUACCCUGACAGAUAUGAUGAUUAUGGAAGAGAUGCGUAUUACCCUUAUUCGGGUUAUAGACGGCCGUUGUAUGAGGAUCGGUAUGAUCGGGGUAGUGGAUAUUCAGACGGUUAUGGAGGCUAUGGACCAGGAGUUGGACGUGCACCUCAUGACAGUUUCAGACCAUGGGAUGAGACGUACCGAGGUCAAGCAGGUUGGGACUCUGGUGGUCGCGGAUACUACUUUGCAUCAGGUCGACCGGACUCCACUUCUUGGGGACAGCAGCAAUACGCUAGGCCUGCAACAUCUGGCGGUGGAUGGCAGAAUACCGGUUACUCAACUGGGUAUGGUGGAGGAUACAGGGAUCCUGGAUACCAAGGAUCCGUGUACGCUGGUACCGCUGGAGGAUACGCUGGAGCUGCUAGUGGAUACGCUGGUUCCGCUGGAGGAUAUUCUGGCUCCACCGGAGGAUACAGUGGUGCUGCUGGAGGAUACAGUGGUGCGGCUGGAGGAUACAGUGGUGCAGCUGGAGGAUACAGUGGUGCGGCUGGAGGAUACAGUGGUGCAGCUGGAGGAUAUGCGGGGGGAUACCAGGAUCAGAACUCCGGAGGAUACGGCCAGUCCAGUGGCUGGCGUAAUGUUGGAGAGAGAAGACCUUAUAGAGAUCAGAGUGGAGUGGCUCACUUAGACACCAAAGUUACGCAAGAACAAGACACCCGUUACGGACAGAACCGCCCGAGCUACCAAUCUAAUACUUACCCAUCACAAUCAGGGGCGUACGGACAAACCAGCUCAUCUUCUUCAACUCCUGGCACCAGCUAUCUGUUCCAGAGAGAGGAUGAGGUGGUAUCACAGUCUGAAACCACUGUGGCACCGUCUUAGAAGAAUCUACAAAACACCCUUGCUCAUGAGACUUUAAACGAUUAUGAAGUUAUAGGCAUCGAUGUAUAU